AUGGCUGAGGCAAAGCCGGGAGGAGGAGGAGGAGGCGGAGGAAGGGGGGAUCCUGGGCUCCCUCCUCCCUACGGUCCGCGCUCAGGAGGAGGUGGGGAGCCGCCCCCCGCCGCGCCGUGCCGCACCGCCCGGGCACCGUCGCUCCUGCCUGGCCUAGCCCCCGGGGUCCCCGCCGCUCCCGCCCGCCCCCCGCGGCUCACACUUGUUUACCUUCUGCGCUGCCUAGCACGGCCGCAGGCGCCAUCUUCCCCCGCGACAGGCACCCCGCGCCGGCCGUCACUUCCGCCGCCACCUGCGGGCCCGGCGGAGGAGAGGGGUGUGCGCCCUGGGCGGCGAACGGCCACCGCCGCGCUCCCGCCUCAGGCGGCCCGGCCCGGCCCGGCGGCCAAUCCCCGCCCCGCGGCGUGCCCUGUCCCACCGGCACCUCCCUGCCCCGUGCAGAGCCAGGCGCCGGGCCGGCUCUGCCGCCGCCGGGAGACCGGGUACGCCCCGCGGAGAGGAGUCCCUUACCGAAGGCUUAGCGGGGACCGCACACUGCGGGGGCUUGGGCAAGCGGCACCAGCAAGCAUCGUCUGCAUGUGGCUCGCAAGGACGCUCAGCCGCGGCCGUCCGCCCUUGGCGGCUCGAGGUUAUGGGGUUUUCUUCCACCCCUCAACCCUCAGGCCGAGUCCCGCCGCAAACAACGGCCCCUUUCCGCAAGGCUCUCAGUUUUCCCGGGCAGAAGCCCCGCGGGGCUGGUAG